UCCUCAACCUGAGGAGAAGGAGAUGAAGAAGCUGUCAGCUGAGCUAGCCGACCUCUUCCCAAAGCCCCGCUGUUUCUCUGGGACUAAUUCAGCUCAGACUACCUGCUGAACAGAAUGGCAGCGGGUCAGACGGAGCGACACGGGUGUUGUAUAGGAUGAAAAUAUCUUCCUGGACACCUUAACAUGGCGAGAAUUUGUUCAGUGGAUGGCAACAAGCCCAGUCUAAUCACCGUGAAGAAGAAAGCUUGAGUAAGAUGAAGGCUUUGGAAGGCCAGGAGCGGAGUAGCUGAAGACUUCACCUGAACGACACUGCCCACUGUCUUUUCAAGUGACCUCACCGCAUGUCGCGAAUCCGGAGUACACUGGACACUGUCACUAAAGCUGUCAGCGGGACAGUGAACACAGAGCUGCUGUCCAAGAUAACGCGCCUCAGGCCCAAUGCUGCCCCCUUGGACAAAGCAAUAGAGGUCAAAGUGGAGUGCCCGGAGUCGGAGCCCACUUCGGUUGUGACCGUGGCAACGCCUCAGCAGCUGAGGGCCAAAAGUGAAGAAGUGAGAUGUAAAGAAGUCAGCAAAGAUGCCCCCAAACCUCAAGUCAGCCCGGCUGCACCUCGGGGGGGUGCAUCCACAGCAGUAGCCAAACAGACACUGCAGCGUUUCCAGCCCUCAGCCUUUGCCACAAACAUGGACGAAACCUACAGCCACUUGGCCGAACAUGUUAACACAUACUUUGGAAGCGACACCCAGGAGGAGAAGAUGCCGCAGCAGAGGAGCGGUGAUGCCUUUGUGCAAUCAAGCACUGCUCACUUCGGUGGGACAAAGGAGCACUUCCCUGUGCUUUCACCUGUAGCUCAGAGAACUGACCUGGAGCCACCCAUUGCUCCACCUGCCCUUGACCAGACUGGAUCAAACACAAAAACAUCAGAUAAGCCUGGUCUUCAGGCUUCAGAGUCAGAGAGCAGUCCACCACCCUCUACCUCUCCACAGAAGAAAGGCAUCAGCCAGUAUCUGUCUUACAAAAGGCCCAGCAUGCAGGCUUUUGUGGGAAGUUACAUUGCCCCUUUGGUACCCAAGUUCAGGGCUGAUUCAAAGAGUGUGGCUGCAGAAAAGGACAAAGCUGCUGAGGUAGUUCAGGGGGUUUCUCAAGACACAGAGGAUGCAGAAACCAAGGAGAGGGAACAGGCGGAGGAGAAGGCUCAACAGCUGCUGUCUCAGAGGGAGAAGAUUAUAGCACGUGUAAGUGUGGAUAACAGGACCAGAGCACUAGUGCAGGCAAUAAAGAGAGUGACUGAGGUGAAGAUCACCAUUAGCAGAGUGGAGGACCUCGGCUUUCAUCUGCUGGAGUUCCCGGAGACCAGAGGAGUGGCCGUCAGUGAGAAAGUUAUUCCAUGUCUGUUGCGGUUGCGUCAGGCACGGGAUCCCGGACUACAGGCAGCAGUGAGGCAGGCCCUUGCCCUGGUGGGCUACGCUGACCCGGUCAAAGGCAGAGGCAUUAGAGUCCUCUCCAUUGACGGAGGAGGCACUAGAGGACUGGUUGCACUGCAGACUUUGCAUAAGCUGGAGAACCUCACUGGGAAGCCCAUCUACCAGCUGUUUGAUUACAUCUGUGGAGUCAGCACAGGUGCCAUACUGGCCUUCAUGUUGGGGGUAUUCCAGAUUCCUCUGCCGGAGUGUGAGGAGCUGUACAGGAAGCUGGGCUCCGAUGUCUUUAAACAGAACGUUAUCGUGGGCACAGUGAAGAUGGGCUGGAAUCACGCCUUCUAUGAUAGUCAGAUCUGGGAGGAAAUCCUUAAAGAGAGAAUGGGACCUAGUCUAAUGAUUGACACUGCCAAAGAUCCAAAAUGCCCAAAGGUGGCAGCAGUGAGCACCAUAGUGAACAGAGGGCUGCCACUGAAAGCUUAUGUCUUCAGGAACUACAACUUCCUUCCCGGGGUGCGCUCUCACUACCUAGGCGGCUGCCAGCAUAAGAUGUGGCAGGCAAUUCGAGCAUCAUCUGCAGCCCCAGGCUACUUUCAGGAGUAUGUGCUUGGGCAUGACUUACAUCAGGAUGGCGGUCUCCUGAUCAACAACCCUACAGCGCUGGCCAUCCACGAGUGCAAGUGCUUGUGGCCCAACACUCCUGUGCAAUGUGUGGUGUCUCUGGGCACGGGCCGUUAUGAGACAGCUGGCAAGAGCAGCUCUGGAACCUACACCAGCCUGAAGACCAAGCUCACCCACGUCAUCAGCAGCGCCACAGACACAGAGGAGGUGCACACAAUGUUGGACGCCCUCCUCCCUCCAAACACCUACUUCCGCUUCAACCCCUAUAUGAGUGAGGAUAUCCCGCUGGACGAGAACCGUCCCAAAAAGCUGAACUUCCUGCAGGCCGAGGGCCAGCGCUACCUGGAGCGCAACGAGACCAAGCUGAAAAAAGCUGCCAGCGUGCUCUCUCAAGAGAAGAGCACCAUCCAGAGGCUGGCAGAGUGGGCUCAGCUGAAAGCUGACAUGUACGACGGCCUUCCUUUCCACUCGAAACUUUAACGCUUCACGGCAGUAACGAGCAGCUCUGGAAUAAAGUGUUUAAUAGCACCAUUAGAACUAACACGGCCCAAGCGAAUGACCACAAGACCGUGAAACGGUGAUUGGUUGAUCUCUGAAACUGACAGGGUGAACAGAUUGGUGCUGCGCUGUUCAACCAGACCCGUGGUAUAGAAAACGAAAGGCUCAACGUGGGUAUUGAUUGAUCUUUACUGUUUAUUGGAAGGUUGAUCCUCCUCUUCCCUGCCUCUGAUUUGGGCUAGAGAGUGAGAUGCUGAAAGCACUUUAGGGAGAUUAGAAGUUUUAAACAUUGAAAUAAAGUUCAAGCAAGAACUUAAGACUUUAAAGCGGGAGCUUGAGAAUGCAAAGUUUCAGGUUCCCUGCAUGAGAUGGCUCUUUCGACUGACACCUACCUGACACAUUAUAUGUUCUCUAUGUGUUUGUGACCAUGUUGUAACAAGAAUGAGUAGAAUUUUGUGUAAAAAUUGUUUGAGUGACUAGUUUUAGAAAUGGUCUUGUUUUCAUCUCACCAAAUGUUUGCACAUUAUUUGUUGGUUCUUAAUGUUUCAAAAGCAUUCAGAAAGUUGCAUUGACCUAAACUUGAAUCCUUUAGCAUGCACUAGGAUACCGUUUAUGAUUUCUGUGUAAAUUGUGGGCUAAAAGAUUUCUAAAUCAAACUUUGUGUUUUUAUAAACAGAAUUUGUUCACUCUGGGUCGGAGGAUCAUGAACAUCAGUUGUGUUUAAUACAGUUUUUACUGAGGGGGAAGCAAAAGGUUAAAGAGGAAAUCUUAAUUCUCUGAAAUGAUAAAGGCGUCGUCACUGGGAAUUGUUAAGAGCAGCUUGUAAUACAGUUAUUGCCAAAUUAACACGGAACUACUGACCUUAUUUGGACUAUUGUAUAAUAAGCUUUUGUAUAAGACGUCCAGUUCUGUUGCGUCAAGAUUCCAUAUUGAACGGUCAUGUUUCCUCAGAUGAUGUCAUUUUCCUUGGUUAACCAUGAACCUGAAAAAGAUGGAUUGUGAUUACGCUCUGUACAUAAAUCCUUGAAUAAUCCUUGAUAAUAUUACCACAUUCCAGAUGGAGUUUACUACAGCAGUCAACAGUGGAUCGUUUGUUAGUAACCACGUUUUGCAAUUUACAAACACCCUGUUUACUCCAAGUGGUUUUGUAAAUGCACCUUCUCUGUUUCCACACAGAAGUGUGUCAGUCCACCAGUUAUCUUACAGAAUCCCUGUCAUUGUCACACCCUAUGAAUUUUAUUAAACCUUCUGAAACUGAAAAA